CAUUCUAUAAACUUCAAGUAGAUUAAAUACGUUUUUAAAUAAGAGUUGUCACUAUCGUUUUAUUUAUUUCAAUCUAUGCUGGUGUUUUCAAAUAUAUACGAUAAUUUAAGUAUCUAAGAAUGACGUCACAAAGAUAUUUUGUUUGCCUCGGAUUUCUACUGGGCGGCAUUGCGCAAUUCGCGGAAUCUUUAUUCAUCAACGGGUGUCCAAUGUUUGGAUUUCGACCGAGCGGCUCUUUCUCGUUUGACCAGCAUUUGCCCGGGCCGGAUGCGGCCAUUAACUGGGUCAGUGACCUAAAACUCCAGCCAUUACCAAAGCCGUACGGCUGCGUUACCGAUUCCUCCAGCAUAAUUUGUCUAAAUAAUGACGUAUUCAGCGAGAAUCAAGCAUACGUAAGCCUUCAUUCAACCAAUGGCUCGCUACACUGGAAAGACAAGAUUCUGCAUUAUCCGUCUUUACCCUUGCUGGACAAUUUCGGUGACGUCACUGGAUCCGAUGGUAGCAAGCUGGUUCACUAUGAUCAGGAUGGUACCCAAUACCCUGUUAUAAACCUUCAAGAUUUACGUCCCAGUUUAAUAUGGCGUUGGUUGGAGACGAUGUCCAAUUCUUGCUUCUUGUUUCCGGAAAUGGUAACAUUGUUGCUAUGGAGACCAAUGGCGUCCACAUGGGUCUGUUGACGCUGAACGCCAUAUUUGACGGCGCUAACGGCACGUUUGUUCCAGUUUCACAGCCUGUGGUGAACGACUUGAGAUUUUACGUCCUUACGCGGUUUUUGCCCACAGAAGAUAACCGGAAAGCUGAACGCGAGAAUACGAAAGGGUCGUCGGUGUGAUCUAUGGACUUCGAUGACAAGUUUUUGUAUCGCGUUUAUGCUAUUGACAUCCAACAACAGAUAAGCGAUCGCAUAAAAGUCGCUUGGUAUUACACCUUUGGUGGUUCCGAAACGCAAAGAACUAAAUCCGAACGACAACCGGUUUUGGCGAAUGGUCUACAAUCUGUGAUGUACGACAGAUCAAACAAGCUUGUUUACGUGGCUGUUAAUGAGCAUGGGCCAAGUAGAUCCUUCGCAGAUACGCUGUAUGGGCUAAAUGAUAAAGGUUGGGUGGAAUUCAGGAGAAGCGUUGGCAUAGCGUCCAUGUCUAGAUUUGUCACCGACCAUUGCUAUAAAACGCCAUCAGAAGAAGUGGAGUGCUCGAAGCGAAACGAUCCGAUGCUAGGACCAGAGUCAUUGCUGUUGAUCGUCACACCGGAAUCCACGAUUCUAGGCGUAGACCAUACCGGCACAACUCAGCGUACGUUUAAUUUGAACGUCAUUUUCAACAAUGACGUCAAUGUGACGUCAUUGUUGAGUACAAUUCGUAACAACGAUACCGAAAACGACACUCUGAUUUUUGCUGUCACUACGGGCACAUUCGUUCCUUCUGCCUACACAAUUAUGCUUAGAAACUCCCCAGAUGGCACUGUUUUCGAGUUUUCGAGUCAAACCAAUCUCCGAACAUCUUACAUUGUUGCAUUGGAUACGGGUACGCCCGGUAACGGAUCUGACGUCAUACGCUGGAAGGUGCCCGUGCCCAACAAUAUGGUAGCACUGGGUCAGAUAAGUGGCGUGCAAUCAAGCGCGUCUAACGACAAGGGUCAACUUAUCGUGUAUGCCGAGGAUACCGGCAAAGCGGCUGAAAUCUUCUCCAUCAGCUAAGACCAGUCUGAUUUAGUUUGUAAUUGAGUCGUCAACCUUGAGGAUCCAUAUGAUUUGCGUUCUGGAAAAACUUGGCUUAAUGCAUGCUCGAAAGGUGUCCUCCCAAACUUGGCUUAAUGCAUGCUCGAAAGGUGUCCUCCCAAACUUGGCUUAAUGCAUGCUCGAAAGGUGUCCUCCCAAAUUAGCCUGGUUAGUCCGAAAAGCUUAUCGGGGAAUACAAUUUCUAAACUGGAGUUUAGCUAAAAGGAGACUUCCUCACAACGAAACAUAACAUAAAAGCGGAAAGUCUCUACCCUGACUGCAGCGGCUGAUUAAAACUAGUAAUUAUGCACUCUAUUACAGGAAAUUACCCUUACUGUGAAAAUGAAGAUUUCACAGGAGAAAGCCGCAGAGUCACCAUGAUUCAAGAGACUGUCCGAAUUCCCGACCAACCGGUAGUUGAAGCGGAACCGUUAAAAAACCUUGUAUCAGAAGGACAAGUGGUGGCAUUGUUCACUGAUGAUGAAU